AUGAGCACAUUGAAAAGGCAGCACACACCCUCAACAAGGCCAAAUUCCCCCCAUGUACCCAGGGCAGCAAGUGUACAAUCUUCUGGGAUCUCAGACCACAUCCAUACCCUAACCAUCACUUCCACACUGACCUCAACUACCCAACUGAGUUUCCUGACUUUUGACAUAUGGCACCUAUCUCUACCGCAAGUCACGGCUUUUCUGGACAUUCCUGACCCUCCAAUCGGGUGCCCAGCUGCAGAUGAUCCGUACUACAUGCUCACCUUGGACUCACGCAUUCAGGAUAUGAACAUCCUCACCCACAGUCGCCAGCCAGCUUAUGAGGGCUACUACCCUAUCAAGAUGCCUACCCCUGCCCGGUACAUUAAGGCCAUGUUUCUGCUCUAUCUCCGAGAUCUUGCGGGGCAAAGAACACUGGGCCACUGGAAAAUUGAGCUAAAUUACCUGAUUAGCUAUGUCCUAGAAGAUGGAGUCAAUCUUCAGCUGGACGAUCUUGCUGAACCAUUCCGUGAGUGGGCUGGACGGCAAAUACCUGGUGUAUGA